AUGAAGGCUGUUGCUCUUUUCGCUCUGGUCGCGCCCAUGGUGGCCGAUGCCCAUUACAUUUUCAACCUUCUUACUGUCAACAAUUACAUGCCGUCGUUCACCAGCGAGAUUGUCAACUCUCCCGAGCUCCGCUGCAACAAGGGCGCUAAGCCCGGCAGCACCGGCACUCAAACUGUCAAGGCCGGCGACAAGAUUGGCUUCAAGCUCGCCUACGACGAGUUGAUUGAGCACCCCGGCUGUGGCUUUGUCUACAUCUCCAAGGCUCCCGGCAAGGUCAACAAUUACGACGGUUCUGGCGAGUGGACCAAGGUCAUGCAGUCCUGCCUCAAGAACCCCAGCACCCCUGGUGUCGACACUGCUUGGGAGAGCUGGCAGAAGGACCGUCUUGAGUGGACCAUUCAGAGGAGCGUCCCUGCUGGCGAGUACCUUGUUCGUGUUGAGCACAUCGCCAUCCACGAGGGUCACGUGGGGGAAUGCUUCCAACUCAACAUCCAGUCCUCCGGUACAGGAAAGCUCGGCCCCACCGUCAAGAUUCCCGGUCUUUACAGCGCUCAGGACCCCGGUAUUGCUUUCAACAAGUGGGUCAACCCCAAGUCCUACGUCGUUCCCGGCCCUCCGCUUUGGAACGGAAACUAAGCGGCUCGAGCUGGUUAGUUGGCUUGACAGUGUGCUACCUUCUUCUCGCAUCACAUCGUGAGAGCAGCACGAUGGCAGGGAACAAGGCAGUGAGGAGACUACACUGACAUGGGGGUGUGCACGGCGGAAAAAAAACGUAGAUUUGGUUUAGAUAGAGCCCAGUGCUUGGCUUGUUGCAUAGACUAGCGCUCUUAUCAGUGCAACCCCAAUCAAUCUAUGCAAUCA